CAAGUCGCCACCUACCCCCCGCCCCCUUCCCUUCUCCUCCCCCGUCCCCGAGCGUCCCCGCUGCCGCCAUUGCCGCGGCUUAGCACGAGCUGCGCAAAACCCAUCCUCAACCCACCCCGAGGCACCAAAUCCGUCCGUAAUCUGCGAAGAACUCGAAUGCGAUCCGAAGAAGCACCAUAAACGCAGCAGCACGCGCGCAUCUAUCUAUCGCUAAAUUCCUUCUGGUUCUGGAGACUCGAACAGAACAGAUCCACCGGCGCGCAGAUCCGUCAACCUGUUCGCGCGUGCGGACAGUGCGCGCGCGGUGCGUGGACGUGCGCAACAGACUCUGCUGAACCGAGGAUUUGUAUCUCUGGAACCACUCGGAUUUGGGAUCUGAUUCGCCCGGUGCGAUCUGAUUCAUGAUCAAGUCCGUGGUUUAUUACGGGAACAUCCCCGUUGGGGAGGCGGAGUUGUGGCCCAAGGGCCUGACGACGGACCUGUCAUGGGCGCGGGCGAUCCGGGUGGACCGCCUGUCGCCGCCCAGCGAGCGGUGCCCGCCGCUCGCCGUGCUGCACGCCGUCGCGGCCGGCGCCCGUUGCCUCGUGAUGGAGUCCAGUCCCACAUCCACGGCUGACGAGCCCCCACCGCCACUCGUCGCCAUGCACACCGCUUGCCUCAGGGACAACAAGACAGCGGUUUUUCCACUUGGAGCGGAAGAGAUACACUUAGUGGCGAUGACUUCUAAGAGGAACUUGCCAAAUCAUGCAUGUUUUUGGGGAUAUAAAGUACCAUUGGGCUUAUAUAACUCGUGCUUGAGCAUGUUGAACCUUCGAUGUCUUGGCAUUGUGUUUGACCUUGAUGAAACAUUAAUUAUUGCCAAUACCACUCGGUCUUUUGAAGACAGGAUAGAUGCACUUCAGAGAAAAUUGGGUAAUGAGACUGAUCCUCAGCGCAUUAGUGCUAUGUUGGCAGAGAUCAAGAGGUACCAAGAUGACAAGUCUAUACUAAGGCAGUAUAUAGAAAGUGAUCAGGUUACUGAUGGUGGCGAAGUGUAUAAAGUACAAUCCGAGGUCAUCCCACCCUUAGCUGACAAUCAUCAACAACCUAUGACACGCCCGAUUAUAAGGUUACAAGAGAAAAAUAUUAUCUUGACACGUAUAAAUCCAUCGAUAAGAGAUACUAGUGUCCUGGUACGGCUAAGACCAGCAUGGGACGACCUUCGGAGCUACUUAAUUGCAAGGGGUCGCAAACGUUUUGAGGUGUAUGUGUGCACAAUGGCUGAGAGGGACUAUGCUUUGGAAAUGUGGAGGUUGCUUGAUCCAGAUUCAAAAUUGAUAAACUCUGUCCAACUUCUUGACAGACUUGUUUGUGUCAAAUCUGGGUCAAAAAAAUCAUUGCUAAAUGUAUUCCAUGAUGGAUCUUGUCACCCUGGAAUGGCCCUUGUUGUUGACGACCGCUUGAGAGUUUGGGAUGAGAAGGAUCAGCGUAGAGUUCACGUUGUUCCUGCAUUUGCUCCAUAUUACGCCCCUCAGGCAGAGGCAAACUUCCCUAUUCCGGUUCUUUGUGUCGCCCGAAAUGUUGCUUGCAAUGUUAGGGGUGGUUUCUUCAAAGAUUUUGAUGAGGGCAUCCUACCCCGGAUUAGUGAGGUUCGUUAUGAGGAUGAAAUGGAUGGCAUUCCUUUUGCUCCUGAUGUUAGCAAUUAUUUAAUUUCAGAGGAUGAGAAUGCUGCAAUUUCAAAUGCAAACAAAGAUCCACAUGCUUUUGAUGGUAUGGCAGAUGCAGAGGUUGAGAAGAGGAUGAAGGAAGCUUCUUCCGGCGUUCAAGUUGUGAAUCCAAUAACAACUGAUGUUCAUGUGAUGUCAGUAGCUGCUAAAGAGCACUUUGCUACACCUGCAUUCUCAUCUACCCCAAUAGCACCACCACUGGGCAUGAUUCCUUCGAAUAAUGAGCAUGUUCCCCAGCCUCCUCCAUUCAGCCAGCCAGUUGCUCAAUCUGGUCUUGUGGAUCCUUCACAAGGUUCUCCAGCUAGAGAAGAGGGUGAGGUUCCUGAGUCUGAGUUGGAUCCUGACACUCGGAGAAGGCUUCUCAUAUUACAACAUGGUCAAGACACAAGAGAAGCUGCACCACCAUUUCCUGCUGGACCUCCUGCACAAGUCUCAGUACCGCCAGUGCAAUCUCAUGGAAAUUGGUUUUCCUUAGAGGAGAUGAAUCCAAGGAACCUGAACAAGGCUUCAACAGAAUUUCAUUUAGAAUCUGACUCUGUACAUUAUGAUAAGAAGCAACCGCAGCAUCCAUCAUACUUCCCCGUCGGGGACAAUCCUAUAUCUGCAGAUAGAUAUAGCUAUAAGAACCAGAGAUAUCCUCCUCAGCCGCUUCACAGUGAAGAUCAUCAAGUGCUUCAUAACCAUGCAUCAGCAACAUAUAGAUCUUUUUCUGGCGAGGACAUAGCAACUCGUCAUGCUUCUUCAAGACAAAGAAGCAGCCAAAUGGAAUCAGGAAGAUACUUCGUACAAUAUGGAGGAAUCACGGGUGUGUUGGAGGACAUUGCAGUAAAGUGUGGAUUUAAGGUGGAGUACCGAUCAACUUUAUGUGAUACGACAGAGUUGCAAUUCUCCAUUGAGGUUUGGAUUUUUGGAGAAAAAAUAGGUGAAGGAAUUGGAAAAACAAGGAAGGAAGCACAGUGUGAAGCUGCUGAUACAUCCUUAAGAAAUCUGGCAGACAAAUUUCUAUCAUGGGACCCAGAUAAGAUGACAGUUGCGAAGGAGAAUGGUUUUAAUAGCUAUCCAAACUCACAUAGAUAUUCAGGAAGCAAUAGAGACGAUAUGUUACCAAUUGCAAGCACUUCAGAUGAGUCUAGAUAUAUGAAUGACAGAAUCGACGACUUAAGAAAACCUGGUGGUUCUGUUGCUGCUCUCAAGGAGCUUUGUACGGUUGAAGGGUAUAAUUUAGUAUUCCAAUCUCAGCCUUCUACAGAUGGUUCAGCAGGUAAAGAAGUUCGUGCUCAGGUAGAAAUAGGUGGGCAAAUCCUAGGGAAAGGAGUUGGAGCAACAUGGGAGGAAGCUAAGCUGCAGGCUGCUGAUGAGGCUUAUGGAACGUUGAAAUCCAUGCUCGGUCAACUUGCGCAAAGACAGUCUGCAUCUCCAAGGUCAUUUGCGCCCAAUUUUAAUAAGCGCUUCAAGCCAGAUUUCUCGCAGACAAUGCAAAGGAUUCCUUCGGGCAGAUAUUCUAGAGACGACAGUCGUUUUCCUUGACAGUAGUCUGAAGUAUGCACUUCUUAAUCUCAUGAGAAGAAUCAGGAAACCUUGGCAGAGCCCCUCAAAAUUCUGUAAUUGCAAGUGCGGGAGGGCACGAGUUGUACGUGAUGAUGCCUGUGUGUCGCGUUUUCAGUUCGUGUACAGGUUUCUUCUCACCAUCAUCAUCUUCAAGCGGCCAUUAUCCGUGAUUUCUACUGCUGUUGUAACCUGAUCUGAAGAGCUCUUGGAGAUGUGUUCUGACCUGUGUCGAAUCCGUAUAUUUCUGAUGUCGGAACUGAGUGGAUCUUAGAGCGAUGCUGUUUGCGUAGAUUACCAUUUUUUGUACACACCUAGAUCAGAUUAGGCUCUAGUGGUUAUUGGUAUUCGCUGGGGACGAAAGCGGAUCAGAUCAGGUUGGAAAAUAGUAUAAUGCCUUUUUGAUACGCUAAUCCAUUUUUUUGCCGGAUGAGCGGAUAUUAUAAGGAUGUGAUGACGGAUAUGGUUUUUUUAUGAUGUUA